GCUUCCCUGCUCCCGACACCUCCAGGAAGCGUUCGCCCGAGGUCGCGGGCCGCUCGCUGCCAACGGGCCGACUGUGGAGUCAGCAGGCCCCGAGCCGGAGCCCCCCGCCCUGGUCCGUCCCGGCGCCACACGCAGUAACUGCUUUCCAAAUGGGUACGGAGUAAAAGCGGGCGGCUGCGGGGCCAAAGCAGCGCCCCGCUGCUCUACACCGCCCCCCACCCGGGGCCCGGGACCCGGCGGGGGCAGCUGGGAGAGCGCGGGCCCGCACACCACGCCCCACCGCGUUUCCGGCCGGUCCACGUGACCGCGCGCGCACGUGCUCGGGCCUCUCGCGGCGAGUCGCAACCUAGGCCUGGCCACCCGGGGCCACUGCCCACCUAGAGCCGACCCAGGCCGGGUGCGGGAGGCUGCGGGCGCCCAGCAGAGCUGAGCAGCAGGCCAGGGUGGGCGAGCAGAGGCUUCGCCAUGAACCCCAGGGGCUUGUUCCAGGACUUCAACCCGAGUAAGUUCCUCAUCUACGCCUGCCUGCUGCUCUUCUCGGUUCUGCUGCCCCUCCGCCUGGACGGCAUCAUCCAGUGGAGCUACUGGGCCGUCUUCGCCCCCAUAUGGCUGUGGAAGCUUCUUGUCAUCGCAGGUGCCUCGGUGGGUGCGGGCGUUUGGGCCCGCAACCCUCGCUACCGCACGGAGGGAGAGUCCUGCGUCGAGUUCAAAGCCAUGUUGAUCGCUGUGGGCAUCCACCUGCUGCUGCUCAUGUUCGAAGUCCUGGUCUGCGACAGGGUGGAGAGAGGGACCCACUUCUGGCUGCUGGUCUUCAUGCCACUCUUCUUCGUAUCGCCUGUGUCCGUGGCUGCCUGCGUGUGGGGCUUUCGACACGACAGGUCGCUCGAACUGGAGAUCCUGUGCUCUGUCAACAUCCUGCAGUUCAUCUUCAUCGCCCUAAGGCUGGACAGGAUUAUUCACUGGCCGUGGCUGGUGGUGUUCGUGCCCCUCUGGAUCCUCAUGUCGUUCCUCUGCCUGGUCGUCCUCUAUUACAUUGUCUGGUCUCUCCUGUUCCUGCGGUCUCUGGAUGUGGUUGCCGAACAGCGCCGAACACACGUGACCAUGGCCAUCAGCUGGAUAACGAUUGUCGUGCCCCUACUCACUUUUGAGAUUCUGCUAGUUCACAGAUUGGAUGGCCACAAUACAUUCUCUUACAUUUCCAUAUUUGUCCCCCUUUGGCUUUCAUUAAUAACUUUAAUGGCCACAACAUUUAGGCGAAAAGGGGGCAACCAUUGGUGGUUUGGUAUCCGCAGAGAUUUCUGUCAGUUCCUGCUUGAAAUUUUCCCAUUUUUAAGAGAAUAUGGGAACAUUUCAUAUGACCUACAUCAUGAAGAUAGUGAAGAUGCUGAAGAAACAGCUGUUCCAGAUGCUCCAAAAAUUGCUCCAAUGUUUGGAAAGAAGGCCAGGGUAGUUAUAACCCAGAGCCCUGGAAAGUAUGUACCCCCACCUCCCAAGUUAAAUAUUGAUAUGCCAGAUUAAACUUGUCUUCUCGGUAGUGCCCAUAUAUGGAAUAGAAAGCAUACACACACACCCAAAAUCUACCUUGCAUUUGCCUCUUUUUUCAUCCAUCCCAAACCUGGAACGGAAAACAGGCUCCAAACACAGCCAUCUCACACCUUGUUGGAGAUUGAUGCCUAUCAGUGACUCAUCAGUAUGCGAUCCAUAGAUGUAGGCGGUUAUUUGAAUAUAUGGUUAUGGGGGCGGGGGGCGGGGUGAUGUGUGAGAGAACUUGCUUUCCAGGUUGCUGUUUAAAGAGCUAGCUGGGAGCAGUAAGUUGAAUUGUUUUGCUAGAUCCUCAAGUGAAAUAACUACACAGUUGGAGUGUUUUUUAAGUGGUACUACACCUAUCAAAAGUAUUGUUUUUUUAAAAAGUAUUUUUAUACAGUGCUAGCCUAAAAUUGUAUAUCAGAUUGUGCCUGUUGUGACAUAAUAGCAAAUGUAAAGAAUUCUCUCUCCUACCAUUAGUUUAUAAACCUCAUAGUUGUUAUUUUUAGCGUUCCUGCUGUUAAAAUAGGUUUUCUUUGGGCUUUACUGAUAACUGGUCUUUGAUAGCCUAAUAGGUGAAUUUUUCUAAUGCAGUGAAUUCAUGCAUAUAUGAUAUUUAUAUGAAUAUUUUAGCAAUGUAAUAUGUUGAUUUCUAGUUCUAUGCAGUACAAUGUAUUGUUAAAGUAUUUUUUUAAGUUUAUAUGUGAAAAUAUAUGUCUAUUGCAGAUGUCCUUAAAGAUUGCUUAAAACUUUAAUAUGUACCCAGUGUAGGGUCUCUCGGAAGUAGUAGGCAUGAAUAUAGGGACUGAAAAUCCCAAUAAUCUUAAUAUUCAGGUGUUAGAUGACUUGGUCUGCACAAUUUUAAGGUCUUUUUUAGAAGGAGCCACCAUCCUUUGGGAACAGGUGACAUGCUCUAGUGUGGUACCAAGCCAUAAAGUGACAAUUAUCACCGUGAAUUUUUCCACACAGGUAGUAACAUCUCUUCAGGAACAACCGAACUAAGCAACAAGUGGUUUGUCCAUUUCUAAAAAUCUUAAGAGUAUUAGUUGGCUAUAAUAUCAAGUAUUAAUAUGUCAUUGGGAAGCUGGAGAGAGUGGCCUUAACCAAAGAUAGCCAACAGGGCCAGAUAUUAUUUUAAGGUCCAAAUUUUUUGAUCUGUCAGCAACAGGGAAAUAAUAGUUCAGGCUUUUGUUUUUGUUAAAAAUAAAUACAGUGUUUCUUUAGGUACUGGUGGUACACCAGGGAAUCAGAAGGGCAAAAAUCAGAUCCUGGGAGCAUAAUAUUCUGACUGAGAACAAAUAAAUACUUUCAAAAGGAGGUUAAAAUAAAAAAGAGUAUUGAUAUUAUUACUGGGAAAAAGACGAGGGAGUUCAUUUUUAUUAGCAAUUUAGUAAAAAUGAUCUAAAUUGGGCUCCAUAUGAAUGAAGGAAAUAAAUUACCUGGUGAGGGAGCAUGCUAGCAACAAAAGCCAAGCUUCGGGCACCUGAGUACCUGAAAGCCUGAGGAUGGUGCAGCUCACUAUAGUCAGCUGGGAUGGAGCCAAGGCCACAUGCUCACAUGCACGUGCUGUCCGUUUACACCAGCCAUCAGAGUGGGAAGCAGGCCUGAACAGCAGUGGAUGUAACAUUUCGUAAGGAAGGAUUCAUUCAUUUUCUCAAAUAUUUAAAGCCAGACAUGGUGCUAGGAAGUGCAGAUCCAUCGGAGAGCAAUUCAAAUGUGGCUCCUGCCCACGUGCACAAAACAUACUAUUAAAAGUGACAAGGUAGGGCUUAUCACAUCAGCCUAUCUGUAGGAGGGAACAAGCCGAGAGCAAGGUAUGCAAGAUGAGUGGAAGGAUGCUACUGGCCUCAUGGUGACCUUCACUUGGAACUUCAGGCCCAUCUUUCUUUUCAGGAGUCCAGUGUCCCCUGAUCUCCCCUCCAGUAAUAUCUCAAAGACAUGGACUUACUCUUCAGUAAGGUUUAGGAGCGGAGGAGCAGGUUGCUGGAGGAAUUGAAGGGCAGCGUUGGCAGCAGUGGGAUCACCAGUUCCUCCUGGCUACAGGGUUAGGCUAGAGGCUUGUUGGUACCUAGAACAAGCUCCUAAUCAUAUGGACCCCUUCCAUAGUCACCUGACCUGCCUUACCUCCUCUACCCUAAGGUGGCCUACUAUUGGAGAGCCAGUGUCUGAAUGUGAUUACAAGCUUUCUCACCCAGGUAGGUCAUCUGCAGUCAGACCUCUUUCCUGCCUCAAGACCACUUAAGUAGGAACAGGUGGAGUGGCAGGUUGUAGAAAGUAGUUUAGUCUAAAAAUACAGUCUCAGCUGUGCCUGCAGGUUUACCCAAUUGCCACGCACCUCUGACUUCAUAGUAUUUAGCAUGUGUCAAAUUCUGUAACUGUAGUUUCUCCUGUAUGAUGAUAUAUUAGAUUUUACUGCAGAAUAACCUCAAAAAUCUCAAUGGCCCAUGAUUACAAACUCUUCAUUCUCGGGUGUACAUAGUUGGCUGCAGCAGUUAAACUCCAGGCUGUGGGUCUGAUCCAGGUCUCCACAGGCAUCCCUUAUUCUAUUCUGAGUCCCAGAUGAAGGAGUAGCGUUCCCUGGGACGUGUUCUUUCUCAUGGCAGAAGCACAAGAGGCCACGCCAAACCCUGCAAGCACAAAUACGGCCCUUGCUCACAUGUGCUGUGUGUUAAGUGUAGUCAUUCCGUUGGACAAAGCAUGAGAUCAAACCCAACCUCAGUGGAGUGGGCCAGGCCACACCCAGGGAACUGACACAGUCUGCACAGAUGUUGCAAGACACCGGUAGAUAGUUUUUUUGGGGGAGGGGUCUUUUUUUUCUUUUAUUUGUUCUACAAGAUAGUUUUAAAGAUGGGAAAGGAAUAAUAUUUUUCCCCUCUGUUUUACAAACAUUCUGUAAUUUUUGGAAGUUAAUUGUUUAAUAUUGUAAUAAUUAGAAGGGAAUCUGGGGCGGGGGCGGGGGAUUUAAGGUGAGAUGAGGAAAACCCUGUAUUCAGACCUUUCUGUAGACUGGAAGGACCCUGGAGGCUCCACACAGGACAGUUUCAUGACAGGACUACACUGAGGGCUGCUCUGGGGGGCUCUGCAGGCUGCCUUGGAAAGGUCACGCCUGGGCAUGGGGAAACCAGCUGGGCAGGAGGUGCUGGAAAACAAGCAGCAGCCUAGAGAGGCCUGAGCAGCACACUAGAUGCGGGAGGAGGCCGUUCUUCUCAGCCAGCCCUCCCCAGGGGUCUGGAUAGCACACGUGAGAAAGUCCCCAUGUCCAACUCAGUAAAAGAAACUCGGGAAGAUACAGGUGGCUCACAGCCUGACAGGAAGGCUGCGAUCCAGCUCAGCAAGCACACUGGGAUCAAGAGAAGGUGUAGCCAGAAACCCAGGCAAAGGCGUACCUCAGGGGCCAUUGGUGAGGAUGCUGCAGCCACAUGGCACUGCCACCUAAGUAGUAAAUGCCACCGGUGUCACCCCCACU